ACCCUCAUUUUUUCAAAAUUUCCCCCUCUCUUCCUCUCCAAUCCUCUCCCCUCUCUCUUCUGCGAGCCGCCGGCCACCGCCCCUCUGCCGCCGGCCGCCGCCGCCCUCCGCCGUCGGUCAACUUGCCGGCGGUUUUCCGGCCACUUUCCGGCGGUUUUCCAGCGAGCCUCCCGGGUCAUUUUUGGCCUCUAUCUCGCGUCCCUCACCCAUUUUUUGUGCCUUAGCUACAGUUCUCCUUGCGUUUCCAGGUGUGUUUUCCUGUUACCUGUCCUUACCUGGAAAAUGGAACUGUAGAUUGUAGGACCGAGAACUAGAAUAGGGUGAGGGAUGCUUUGAGUAUGCAUGGUUCUAUAUAUGGUGUAUGUGCUGCCCGUGUACUUAUUGUGGUUGGUUUUGUGUUUCCUGCCUUGAUUCCGGUUGGGUUGCUUGCGAUUCAACCGUCUGUGCUUACAACUGUUAGCCUAGGUGCUCCUUAAGUGUGGGGGAAGUGAUGAACCCAUGCUGUUGGUCCUGACAAGUCUUUUCUGGGUUCCACCUUUGGUUUGUUGAUUUUGCAGGAACAUGUCCCUCGACCAUGAGUUUGUGCAGGACCUGAGCCUGCACCCAGAUUACGCGGACCAGUUCCGCGCGGUGAUUCGGGGGAAGUUGGAGCGCCACCACCAUUUGGAGUGGGCGGUGUUCGAGCAGCUCCACUGCAUGCAAGAGCUCUCCGCCGCCAUCGGCCACCGCGAUUGGCGGACGCUGCUGGCUAUUGACGAGCCCACCUACACUGAGCUAGUGUGGGAAUUCUACACCACCUUCCAGUACAACAGCAAAGCGGCCCGGGACUCCCCUGCAGUGAAAUUCAGGCUAGGUGGCUAUCCCCGGGAGCUGACCAUUGACGGGUUGGCCGCUGCCUUGGGGAUCCAGUAUCACCCAUCUUCCCGCCACGUGAUCGAGGUCCCGAAUCCUACAGAUUGGAACAUGGAUUAUUUCUACUCGCAGAUUGCCCGGUUCGCCUAUGCGUUCGAUUACUUCGACGCUGGCCAGACGUACGUCCGCACCCUCAAGCCGCAGUGGCACAUCUUGAACUUGCUCAUCACCCGCUCCAUCGUCCCCAACGUCACCGGCUCGCACAAGAUUCCGAAGCGGGUGCUCUAUGCUAUGUUCUCGAUGCGGGACCCGGAUCACAUGUUGCAUUUGGGCUCCUUCGUGGCCACCACCUUCGCUCGAUGCCACGGGAAGCCCAACCAUCUCUACUGUGGUCCCCUAAUCACCCGUCUAACGCGCCAUUUCAACAUUAGCUUCCAGGGGCUCACAGAUUCUUCUGCACAGGGCGGCUCCACCCCCCUCAGCCGGGAAGUGCUCUAUAAUGCACUCCUCCUGACCAGUGAUGGCACCCGCACCUGGGUGGAUGGGCUUUCUAUGCCUCCUGAUGAGGAUGAGGAUGAGGAUCUCGAUGACGAUGAGGAGGACGCUGACUAUUCUGGCACGGAGGAUGAUGAGGAUGAUGAUGAUGAUGAUGGCGGGGCCAUGGAUACGAAUGAGCCGGAGCCCUCGCUCUCUCCACCAGGGGACCUUCGGCCACGACGGAGAUAGGAGCGAGGUGAGUCCUCCUCCGGUCCUUCUGGUCCGUCGAUGGCUUCUGGCCCGUCGAUGGACUUCUUCACGGAGCAGUUCCAGCAGCUCGGUCUUCAGAACUAGCAGCUCAUGGACCAUCAGGUCCAGUUCUACCAGCAGUAUUCGGCCCACCAGGCCGAGUACCAGUGCAAGCUGCAGGUUGUUGACGAUCGCCUCGGCCGCCUAGAGACCCAUAUGGGAGUCACGGGUGCUCUCAUCGAGCGGGAGAGAGAUCGCGGCCGCCGAUUGAUGGAGUACUCUGAGCACCUGCUCCAGGCCUGCCACCCCCCGGAGGAGCACCACUGGACCACCCGGUGGGAUCAUUCACCACCACCACCGCCGGAUGAUGGAGAUGACAACCUCAUGAACCAGAUCGACUUCACCGGUCUAGGAGGCGGUUCCUAGUGCCAUGUUUUGAGUGUAUUUGUUUUUAUCAAUGUGCAAACUGUCUUGUGUUGGUUUGGUUUCUUUCUUUUUAUGUUGGAUUCUGUACUAUUGGGCUAACCAUUAGACCUGACGUAUUGUGUUGAGCUCUUUGGUUUCCUUUUAGCUGUGCUUGUCUUGACUGGUCCUCUAUCCAGACUGCUUCAUUCCGACUGGUCCGUGUCCAGUCCCCUGCAGUCCGUGCACACCGGUAACAUCGUUCCCCUUUUCCUUCCCUCUUCUCCAUUGAGGGCAAUGUCGAUCUUAAGUGUGGGGGGGUGUUUAUCUUUUGACUGCAUUAGACCUGUUUGUGUGCUUGGAGCCUAGUCCACUGUCCAAAUUUUUAAAUUUGAGGGCUCCAAGUACGUGUUUCCUUGCAAUUGCCUGCUCAGUAUGAUUUGAAUUGACAGUCUUUAUAGUAAUAUGCAACCUAGGGAGGUAGUGUAGCACUAUGGAGGAUGUUGAUGCAUUUAAGAAGUCUCAUUUCUUCUUCAUAUUGUGUUGGUUGAUUGAGUAAAUUAGUGAUCUUAGGACCCAUGAAUUAUGUGGUGUUGUGGAUUCUCUACCGGUCGUGGACUCUUGUAUCAUGUUUUGAAAAUAACAGGUGCUCAGAAAUGUGCUUUGAAAAAACGUCUCCCGUGCAAAUAGGGUGAAAGUGUGUAAGGGGAGACGGGAAUUCGUUCCCAAUUUCCACCUACUACCUCCAGCCCCCUUACAUGUCUUUCCCCCGCACGUGGCUCGAGACAUCCGCUCCUGGCAUGGCCGGUAAGAGCAGGUUGGGACCCUUGAAAAAAAAAAUAAUAACAGAAAACAAGCAAAACAGAAUGAAAAGGGGUUCCAACCAUCUUCAAGAAGAAAAUAGAGCACCUUGAAAAAUGUGAGUCCAUGAUCCUUUGUUUUUGAGAAUCUCUUCAUCCACAAUUCAUUUGUCCUCUGUUCACUGUUUGCCAUGGUGCCGACUCGAUACUAGUGCUCUCGCCGAAGAAGUUAUGAGAUGACUUGUGCGUCGGUUGACCUCGUAAGCUGCUAAAUGAUCUAGGAAGUCCUCUACCUACGAUCUGGGUUGUUUGUUGCUAUAGAGGUCUGGAGAGUUGCAUUGGUUUGAGUUAGGUUUGCUUGGGGACAAGCAAACGGUUAAGUGUGGGGGAGUUUGAUAGACCGAUAAUUACACGUGUUUUCACCCCUAUUCUUGAGCCGUUUGAGAGGUUGAUUCUCGGGUUUUAAGCCGAUUUCACGAGAGUUUGUGUGUUUAUGUCAUAUUUCAGGACCCGGCGUCGGAAUCGAGGCGAAGGAACGAGAUUCGGGUCGAAAGGAGCAAGGGAGGCUUGAAGCGGGCUGAAGGAAGAAAAUACCCGGCCAUAACCACAAAUACCCGGCCGGGUAUUAUUCUGAGGAGACCGGGGAAUUCCCUUUUUGGCGUCUGACAAACAGAGGGGGGCCCGGUCGUGAGGCUUAAAUCCCCGGUCGGGGAUUAUUGGAGCAGACCGGGGAUUUUCCCCUGGCUUGAAACGUGCGUUUUGAUAAUACCCUGUCGAGACCCAAAAUACCCGACCGGGUAUUUCGACCGGGUAUCGCGACAGGCAGCUGUUUUAAGGGAAAAGAGGGCUGAAAAUCAAGGGAUUCGAGUUUUUGAGAGAGAAAACGAUUCCUAGAGAGAGAAAGCGACGAACAAGAGUCUCCAAGUGGCCUAGAUUGAUCUUCAACACCAUUAGACGCCAGUUUGAGCUUGGAGAAGUGCCGAUCAACGUCCAGGAGCAGGAAUUCAUCCUUCACAGUAUGAAUUCCGCGUCUGAUUCUGCUUUUGCUUCUUUCUCCAUGGAGUAGUUCUCCCAUUCAUCUGGGUAUGGAGAACCCUAGAUUUGUAUGUUAGGCUUUGAUUGUAUGAACCCAAGUACUGAUUCUAUUAUUUGAUUAUAUUCGAUUGAGGUUUGAAUGAUUGAAUGACUUGAAUCCUGAUCAAAUUCCUGUUGUUUAUGCUUUAACCUAGAAUGAGAAUAUCUUCCUAGGUUGAUAGAGCAUCCUUGAUUGAAGGUAGGGAGUUGGUGACUUUAGUCGAGGAGCCAACUCACUAUUCUGUACCGGAUUUACUCCGGUAGUGGAGGUUUUGUUUGUUAAGGCCUCAAUCUGUUUACUCCGGUGGAGGUUAGUCGCCCGCUAGAGACUCAGAUUGAGAGGGUCUGGAGACCUUUAGUCGAGACUUCAGGCUGUUUAAGAACCUUCCGCAGUAUAACCAUCAUAGAAACUGAACAUGGUAAUUACAAUCCGGCUUAACUGCAGUCUAGGGGGAACCAUAUCCGGGUGACCUCUCUUAACUUGAAUACAACCGUUUGUUUGCUUUGUUUGUUUGGUAGUUUAGACUUGCAUUCCAGUUUCAUUGCUAGAUAACAAGAAUUCACUGACUAGUCAUCAAAUCUGGGACCCGGGUUGAUAAUUAAACCUAAACCCAAUAUACUACGCUUUAGGAAGUGGUUUCACUUGGCCAAUUCCUAGGGUGACAGUAGAAGUGAGUCAGCUACAAACUGUGACAAAGGAUUCAUCGAACCCAAUAAGAAAAUCGACCAGAUGAAGGCUGUCCUUUUGAUCACAGUUGUGGUGGCCGCAGCCCACAAAUACACAAUGACGCCGACAACAUUGAUUGGGUUUCUUCCCAAAUCCGACGCAAUAUAGUUAUUCUGCUAAC